CCAACCCCGAAUAUGGGUCGUGAGGGGUCGCAACCUUUGGGCCAUUACCUGCUACGAAAACUUCCAUUUCAUACCUUUGCUCAAGCCUCCUCAUCCUGCCUACCUUUCCUUACAAUAACCUCGCCCUCAAAAUGGCCGACACCAAAGUCUACCGCGCCAGCACAACGGCCCCCGUCAACAUCGCCGUGGUCAAAUACUGGGGCAAGCGCGACCCCAAGCUCAACCUGCCUACCAACUCAUCCCUGUCGGUAACCCUCUCGCAAGACGAUCUACGCACCCUAACCACGGCCUCUUGCUCCUCUGCUUACAAAGAAGACACGCUCCUCCUCAACGGCUCGCCGUCCGACCUCACGGGCGCACGAACCCAGGCCUGCCUCCGCGAGCUGCGUUCCCGCCGCGCCGCCCUUGAGUCUAACGAUGCAUCGCUGCCCAAGCUCUCCACCAUGCCGCUCCUCCUUGUCUCCGAGAACAACUUCCCCACCGCCGCCGGUCUCGCAUCCUCGGCCGCUGGCUUCGCGGCUCUGGUUCGUGCUACCGCCGAUUUGUACGAGUUGCCCGCUUCGCCCACGGAAUUAUCCCUUAUCGCGCGCCAGGGCAGCGGGUCGGCCUGCCGUAGUUUGUUUGGAGGGUACGUGGCAUGGCGCCAUGGGUCACAGGCCGACGGUUUGGACUCGAAGGCCGUCGAGGUUGCGCCGGCGUCGCAUUGGCCGACUAUGCGUGCGUUGAUUCUUGUGGUGUCGGCGGCGAAGAAGGGGGUUAGUUCGACGAGUGGGAUGCAGCAGACAGUCGCCACGUCGGGACUGUUCAAGCAGCGCAUAGCUGAUGUGGUGCCGGCAAACAUGGAGACGAUGGAGGCGGCGAUUGCGGCGAAGGACUUUGCCAAAUUUGCCGAGGUCACGAUGCGGGAUUCCAACUCGUUUCAUGCUACGUGUGCGGACACGUACCCGCCUAUUUUCUACAUGAACGAUGUUUCGAGAGCGGCGGUGAGGGCGGUUGAGGCGAUCAAUGCCGCGGCGGGGAGGACGGUGGCGGCUUAUACCUUUGACGCUGGUCCGAACGCUGUGAUUUACUAUUUGGAGGAGGACAAGGAGACAAUCCUGGGAACUUUCUACCCGUUGUUGCAGGACACUGAUGGGUGGAAGGAUGGUGCAAAGGUUUUCAAGACUAGUGUGGAGUUGGAUGAAGCCGUCGCAGGCCAGUUGAAGGCUGGUGUUAGCCGGGUCAUCAUGACGGGUGUUGGUGAAGGGCCUACGAAAACGGAUGUUUACUUGGUUUCUGAAGAGGGUAAGCCUCUGUCGACUGAGUCAUGAUGCGGUGCAAUUUAGAUAGCUUGGAGUGAAUCCAGGCAAUAGCUAUGUUGUGGAGCAAUUGGGAAGUCUACCAUUCAUGAGACCAGAUGGGGGAUGUAAGCUACUGCUGUAUGCCUCUGACGCGGUAUGGUCAUGUGCUUAUAAAAAGGUCCAGCAUUAACCGGAUUGCUCUUGCAGACUGCAUCAAACCGAGCAGCUGGAGUUGAUCCGUGAGGAACUGGCUGCCAUGGAGAGCAAACGGCAGCAUUUGUUUGCAUGGCCAAGGGGUCAACAUAUCUACCUAUUCAUACUACCUAUGGCCGUUAAGAGGGCGCCUUCUGUUCAAUGCCCACGAUGACGAAAGAUGUGCCUUAUACCGUAUAGUCGAAUGGAAGUAUUUAUAUCA